GCGUACACUCGAUAUAAGCAAUCAUCAUAAAUAGAAGUGCAAGAUGGAAAUGUUAAAGAGCGAGGUGAAAUUGCUUUUAUUGCGAAACGCUCAGCUCGAGAACGAAAACACCAAGCUCACGCAGAAUGAACUGUUAAUCAAGCGGCAAUUGUUCAACGAGCGUCAAUUGAGCAAGGUGCUCGAGAUGGUGAAGGCCGCCCAAAAUGACUAUAUCGGCAAACUUAACACUUUGCUCGUUGAGCUCACACACGAUGGCCAGUCCGGCGGCACUGGCGGUCAGUCCACCGGCUUUUCCUACAGUCAAAUCCGCGCCGAUAUUAACAAUUGUGUGAAUGUUUGCAAACGCUUGCAAACCGAGUACGAGUGGUGCAAACGUACGGCCAGUACUGCCGCCACACCCGCCGCCGCCGUCGCCUCCACUCCUCGUAAGGCCAGACCCUCCACAGCAACCAAUGGCAGUGCCGUCGCCGCCAACGGCAGUGAUAAUAGUAAAAGACUGGUCGACACGAUGUCGGCCACCACUUCCGCCGUAAACAAGCCGUUAGAGUUGGCACAGACCUCAUCGGCCUCGCACUCUGCGGCCGACGGCAACGGCUCGUCCAAUGAGGACAUACCGGUCACGAGUGAUGACACGGAUGACGAGGCGCUCAUGUAUGAGGACGAGGACAGCCAAGAGAUGCCCGAACUGGACCUCAUAGACCUCGAUAUGGACGACGAGAUGAUGAUUAACACCGACGGCGAAGAGGAGGACGAUAGGGAUCCGAACGGCGCCGGCGAAGACUACCUCGACGUGACGGACACCGAGUUUAUACCGACGCGAACGCUGCCAAAGGGCGCCCGCAAGACGUUUCCCAACGGCGGUAACGGCGCGCCACGGCUUAUGAUGUCGUCUCCCAUGAAAAGGCACCGGAAGUCCGAUAAAAGAGGCUUUAAGACGUCUCAAAAGUUUGGCGACAAAUUCCGGUGCAAUUGGAAAGACUGUGUAUUCAUAUCCAGUUAUAAGCAAAACGUCGAGAGACACUAUAGAGUGCAUACGGGCGAGCGGCCGUUCAAAUGCCAGUUUAACAAGUGUACGUUCUCGGCGUCACAGGCGGGCAAUCUGAAGGUCCACCAGCAAAGACACGGCCACUUCACGCCCAACGCCCACAAGAUUAGGAUUAAGUCAACGCAUAACGCGGUCAGAGCCUCGCCCGCCAAGAGUCCCGUCAAACGAGAUAAUCAGUGAUCGCUUCUGGAGUACAAAUUGUCGACACAUUUUUUAAAUAUUACUAUUAUUAUAGUUAUGGACUAAUUAUUAAUUAUGAGUUAUAACUAUUAAUUGACAGUUAUUUGAGAGCAGA